ACGUAAACAAAGCAAUCGGGGAAUCCCCAAUUUCGCGAUGACGACAUAGCUCUCAACGCAGUUUCUUAGGCCGUGCAACAAGUGUCCGUCUCUCGGCAAUUAAUUCAUUAAAUCCACGAACAUCAAGUAGCAGAUCAUGGCUGUGGUCCGAGAUGCUGCGUCACUUUCUCCAAUGGCUGGAUGUGUGUUUCAGCCUGCGGAAGCUUUAUUAAAGGCAACACUGAAAUUAAAUGUGGAAGGAAAGAACAUUUUAAGUGAGUUAGAUGAAUACGAGGCUAUUAGUCUUGUAUUCCUUGUGUUGGAUCAGGAUCAGCUUGGACGACGAGCUUUUAUCUUUUGUCAGAAAAUAAGCCAUGGCAGAUACAAGGAAUGCAUUGAAGAAAUAAUAAAUUGUGUUAGGAGUAGAAAAGGCCAGCUAGAUGCUAUUGUUUUAGCACUCUACAUCAUUGGUCGCUAUGACCUGCUAGAAGACCAUCUUGGUUUCUGUGUUGACCAUACUUUACACAAGGUAUUCAAAGAGUUGCAAUGCAUAGACAGUGAUCGCAAGUCACUCUAUUGUGUCUUUGCCGGUAUGGCCCAAGAAGAGGCUGACAGACUUGUGCACACCAGUAUUCCUGUCAAUAAAGGUCUACCACCACAGAUUCAAGAAAAUUUCUACCCGCUUCCUACUGGCUACCCCCAUGGCCUGUGCAUUAUCAUAAAUGUAAAUAAUUUCAUGAAACCUAGAGGAGAUCAUGAUAAUAUACCACUGAAUGAGCGGCAUGGGUCAGACAUUGACAAACAGCGACUUACAGGCACAUUUAAGUUGUUUGGGUUUCAUGUCAUGCAUUUUGACAAUCCCGACUAUGAGCAAAUAAACCAGUACUUCAAAAGGCUUCGUGUUGAUGCCCGACUGGCUGUUAUUUCCUGCUUGGCUGUAUGUGUUAUGACUCAUGGAGAUGAACAAGAUCAGAUCUACCUCCAUGACCGUUCUUGUUUGUCAGUUACUGAUCUUAGAAAACUUUGUUCUAGUCGGGUUCUACUUAACAAACCUAGACUUUACUUCGUUCAGGCAUGUAGAGGAGAAGAGGCCUUAAGACCAAUAUUUCUACAACAAGAUGGCUCAGUUGUUGCUCACCAGGAGAGUGACUGCCUCAUUUCACAAGCAACAAUAAGAGGAUACUCUGCCUUUAGGAAUCAGAUGGAGGGAUCUUGGUACAUCACUGACCUCUGUCAAGCCUUACAAGAAUAUGGUCAUAUUCUGCCAAUCAAGAAUGUUUUACACAAAACAAGAAAGAAUCUGAAGGAACGUGUUGAAAGCAUGAAUAAUACAUAUAUAACUCAGCUUUCAGAGGAGAAGGAUACCUUAACCAGGGAUGUUCAAUUGGUGAGAGCUGACUUGGAUCAUUUUACCGAUGGUCUCAUGGAUCUGAUUGAGCUUGAGGUAACAGAAAAACUUCUGGAGGAAAAACUGGAUGAGGCUUUAUGUGACAUAUUUAACCAAAAUGUAAUGGCAGAUAUAAAUCACCAGCUCGGAGGAUUUAGAAUGUAACAGCAAUUUCAUUGAUUUAUGGAAAUAUCAUAUGGUGUAGAAUGCCUUCUAAGGGAUCAGAAGCACCUAUGAUUAAAUUUUGUAUAUAUUUUUUGUGGCAGAUCCAGGCUUUCAGCUUUUAGUGUAAUAAAUUGCACUACCACAACAGGUGUAUUUAGCAUUAUGGGAAUGAUUUAGGUAACAGUGUUAAUUAAGUUGUGUCAAAUUACAAUAUUAAUGCAUAUAUCCUCCAUGUUCAGUCCUUUUUCACCUUAUGGAAACCAUAAAUCUUGGAUCUUCUAAUUCCUGUUGAUUUAAUGUUUACAUUACUCUACAUAAGAGUGCCAAAGUUUUCUCCAGAAUGCUUAGAAAAUGCCCAUAAAUAUGUUAAGACCCACCCCCUUUGUAACAUCCUGGAUUUGCAAAUAUAUGAGAUAUGUUCCAAUCCUUGU